CGGUGAAUUGGACAAAUGCAUUUCGUUUCAUGGCGAUAAGACCGACCGCCUGUAAAAAGUUCAUUGAUUUGCACUUGUAAGUAAUUUGAGGGUUAAACGAAACGAAAACAAUGGCAUUAAUUACCAAAAAAGUAUCGCAAGUUUACUGUAUUGAGAUAAUGAAAUGGACCAAGCCAUUGAUAAAGCGUGGCCUGUCGCUAUAUAAGCCGAUACUGGGCUGGAGUCUAAUACAGUUGUCUACCGACAUUGAUUGGUAGAGCCCAGCGGAUACAUUUCCAUUCAACUACUUGGCGAGAGUAUUUGUUAAUCUUCGACAUGAGGACCUUCGUACUUCUAUUAAGCUGCCUUGUCUGCUGCGCCACAGCAGGACACUACGGUUUGGCGCAGAAACUCUUACACCUAAACAAUGUACGCACUGGACAAAAGGGUUAUACUUCUGCGGGCGCGGAUCAGCGUCAGCAUCAAGAAUUUCUGCUCGAUGUACUACUCCAAGUACAGAAGCCCUUGGUUAACAAUCAGCUCGUCCAACUGGGUCAGGAACUUGUUACGGAUCCCAAUAUGUAUUUGUUGCCAAACGAUGAAAUUUUACAGCAGUUCUUACAACAGGCCGAAAAUCGGGAGGUUAUCGGUCGUAAUGGCGUCUACAACCCAGUAGAUAUCUCAAAUAUACGCCAAUUAGUUGGACUUCAACGUUUCUUAGUGCUCGCUCGUGACUUCAACGUUUUCCAAAGAAAUGUUGUCUAUGCGCGUCUUUAUUUCAACGCAGUUAUGUUCGUGGAUGCCCUCUCGCUGGCAAUACGUGACCGUCCAGAUACUCAGGAUCUGGUGUUACCACCAAUGAAUGAGAUAUUACCACAGUUAUAUUAUGACAACUAUGUACUCAACUACGCGCAAAAUGUUGAUUAUAGUGGUUUGAUUUCACAAGAAGCACGGGCGAAUAUAAAAUCAAGUAUAUUCGACAUCUUCGGUCUGCGCCGAAUUGGUUCAUUGUUUCAAUUAGGCAACUACGGUAACUACAAUCCAUUGCAACAGAGAUAUAGCGCACAGAGGUAUGGUUUCGGCCGGUUUGGAAUUGCUCCUGAAGGACGUACAGUUAACGGUAAAGAAAACGGUGGUGAAUACGUUGUAGAAGGCAGUUAUAUACAAGAAAAAAUUGUUGUGCCGGUAGAGGGAAGAGACGGAACUGAUUUAACAAACGAUGUUGAUCUGAACGUUGCGUGGAACCAUAUUGUUAAUGAUCAGCUGGUGCAAGCUGUUACUGAAAGUAUAGAGGGAGGUCAGCAAAAUGCAAUCGGUUCUAAUGGAUUACCCCAAGUUGAUGUAGGCAGUCCACGUCUAUUGUUUGUUGGACGUCGUCGUCGUGUGGAUAACGGUGGAUAUUCAGCAUAUGUAAAUCCUUUCUACAGUCAGCAAAACCAAUACGGUUACAACGACCAAGAAUAUGCUCGUCAACAAUAUCAAACAACGCAAUAUGGUUACACAGGUCCGGAAUAUUCUUACGAUCGUCAACAAAACCAAGCAGGUCAAUAUAAUUACAAGGAAAAUGAUUAUUCCUACGGGCGUCAACAGAAACAGGGACCUCUGUAUGGCUACAAAGGAAAAGAAUACUACUAUGCUCGUCAACAGAAUCAGGGAUCUCAAUAUGAUCAACAGAAUCAGGCAUACAAAGACAAUGAAUACUCCUAUGGUCGUCAACAGAAUCAGGGAUCCCAAUAUGGUUACAACUCAUAUGGUCAACAAAAUCAAGGAUCUCAGUAUGGAUACAAAGACAACGAAUACUCCUACGGUCGCCAACAGAAUCAGGGAUCCCAAUAUGGUUACAACUCAUAUGGUCAACAAAAUCAAGGAUCGCAGUAUGGAUACAAAGACAAUGAAUACUCCUAUGGUCGUCAACAGAAUCAGGGAUCCCAAUAUGGUUACAACUCAUAUGGUCAACAAAAUCAAGGAUCUCAGUAUGGAUACAAAGACAAUGAAUACUCCUAUGGUCGUCAACAGAAUCAGGGAUCCCAAUAUGGUUACAAAUCAUACGGUCAACAAAAUCAAGGAUCUCAGUAUGGAUACAAAGACAAUGAAUACUCCUAUGGUCGUCAACAGAAUCAGGGAUCCCAAUAUGGUUACAACUCAUAUGGUCAACAAAAUCAAGGAUCUCAGUAUGGAUACAACUCAUAUGGCGAACAGCAGAAAGGAUCUCAAUACGGUUCGUACUAUGGUAUACCAUAUGGUCGUCAGCAGUAUCAGGGAUCUCAAUAUGGUUACGCAGAUCAGCAAUAUUAUUAUGGCGGUCAACCAAAUCAAGGAGCAAGGUACAGUUACAAUUAUCCAGUAUAUAGCUCGACUUAUUAUAAUCCAUACGGUAGCCAACAAUAUUAUUACAAAAACUACGAAUACCAAUAUGAACCAAGAAUUCAACAACAAGACCAAUAUCAAGGUCAACAACAGCAGCAGACCUAUCGUGUGCUCCCCUAUGGACCGCAAGAAGUGGUUAACGCCAAUGUUGGAGAUGACCAAGUGGUGAUUGAUCGUGUAGUUCGUGACACACACAAUCGUGGGCAAAGUGGCAAACGUUAUCGCAGCGAUGAAGGUAAACGAGUUAGUUAUCGCAAUGCCGAACAAUAUCGUGAGGGUAUUAUUCGUAGUAUUGAGACCACUCAGCAGUUAAGUUAUGCUCGACGCGGUGAAAUACUUUUGCAAAGUAUACAAGAAUUGGCUGCCAGAUUGAACAUUCAGCGCAUUGUGGAAACCCUUGAAGGAAGUAUUUCCCAGCAACAAGAUAUUCAGCUUGUGCAGCAGGAAGUAGAUCAAAUAAUUCAACAAAUCCGUGCACUCGUUGAACAAAUUCGGGAAGAGGCUGGUAUUAGCGAAGGAAGCGAACGGGCGCUAUAUGUUGUCGCAGAUGUUAUUGGUGGUAGAAUUGUACUCGAGCAACAACAACUAUCGAUCGCUGUGAAGCGUACUUUACAAGAACUGCAACAACAAAUACAACGCAUUGUUGGAAAUCAAGUUGGUCAAGUGAAUGAGGUGACUCCACUUGUUUUAUUGUUCGGCUCUUUACGCAGUCCAGUAACUCAACAAACCAUUUUAUCAUUGGCCCAACUGAUCGAUGAUUACCGUCAGAAAUUGCAACCAUACACCAGCAGCCAACUGAGCGGCAAUGGUGACAUUAAAGUUCAAAAUGUUCAAAUCGAUCCUUUGGUCACCUAUACUGAGGUUGCGGACGUGGAUCUUGUCAAUAUGAUCGAUCAGCAGCUUUUGCAAUCGAACGCCAACAAUCUGCAACAACUUGGCCAAAAAGUGGUGGCUCGCCAACAGCGUUUAAAUUAUCAACCAUUCACCAUCUCUUUGGGUAUUGAAUCUCAACAUCAACAAGAAGUUGCCAUACGUAUAUUGCUCGCACCUCAAAUCGAUAAUACUGGACGCCGUGUAUCUUUGGCACAAAAUCGCAAUAACUUCAUUCUCAUCGAUGCUUAUGUACAACAAUUGCAGGCAGGUGUUAACAAUAUCGAACGCAAUUCACGCCAAUUCAAUGGAUACAACAGGGAAGUCUCCACUAUUAGCCAAAUCUACCGUCAGAUAAUGACUGGACAAAUCAAUGUACAAUCGGGUGUUACUCGCCAGCUCCCAAGAAAUCUUGUAUUACCACGUGGCUCUGCUAAUGGAGGUUUGCCUGUACAGAUUAUGGUUGCAGUGACCCCAUUAAACCAGCAAGAGGAGUUGUUACAUGUUGAAGCACGGCAAAUCAGUGGUUUGGGAAUCGCUGCUAUCGGCGUGGACCAAUUGCCGCUGAAUUACCCGCUGGAUAGGCAAAUUGUUGAUGGACAACGUUUGGAUGUGCCCAACAUUCAGUUGGUCGAAACUGUUAUCCAAUAUGACAGUCGCCGCAGUGCUUGUAUAAAAGAUCUCAGAUUAACUGCUUUAAUCAACACAUCUCAAAGUGAAGUUAACUUGUUUAAAUCCUUAACACUCAAAUUUAGCAGCACCAGUGAAAUGAAGAUUUUCAUCUUUACCCUGAUCGGGUUGAUCAGCUUCGGAGCAGCCGCAGUGAUUGAUAAUGUAGACAUCCGAAGAGGAGGUCCACCUGUUGGAAAUAUCGGCAAGCGUCAUAUUUCUCAAAUGAGUCAUGAAGAUCUUUUGCGACAGAAAUUCCUAUUGGACAUACUUCAACACGUGCAAGAACCAAAUGUGAACGACGAAGAACUCUUGCAGAUGUCAAAGUUGCAACCUGAACAUUUAGUCGAUGACCAGACUCGUUACAUUGGGGGCAUCGACGAUGAAAUGGCUCGUGUGAUAGAACUAAGUCGUAACCAACGUUUGUUGGCUGAGGAUAAAAUGUAUACCAUAGCCGAUGUCGAUGAUAUUCGUCAAAUGAUUGGGCUUUAUCGCGUCUUCGUACGUUCACGCGAUUGGGAUACACUACAACGGAAUUUGCUAUAUGCCCGAGUUCACGUUAACGGCGUUCUACUAGUGAACUCAUUGUUGCUUGCUAUACGCGAUCGAAAUGACACUCAGAACUUAGUUGUGCCAGGCUUACACGAAAUUUUACCAGAGCUUUAUCUAGAUGCGGACAUACUCCGCCGAGCCAAAGAAAUUAAUUUCAAUCAAUUGAGUAGUUCCAGUACGUACAGUAGACAAACUAAACGCCCGAGAAUACUCGAAAUAAUUAGGUUAAAUAAGUUGUGGAAUAGGAAUACUAAUCCGAUAAAUACUUUAGAUCGUGAACAGCUGUGGAUGCCAUGGCGUGAAAUGCGAAUGGAAGUACAAGGGCGUAAAGUUGGAGCUGCAAACGAUGCUACGCAUAUUAACAUGCGCGAUGAUGGUCGCAUAGUCUUACCGGUAACAUUGUCCUCUAAUGUUUUGCGCAAGGAGAGGGACGUUCGAUUAUUUACAAAUGACGUUGGCUUCCAAUCAUUCCUGCAUUCUUUGAUCAAUGAUUUGUGCUUAAGUGAACACGAGUCAGAGCUGCAAAAUGAGCAACAGAUGAGAGUGGACGUAAAUCGACCAGUGCUAGGACGAGUUAGUUUAGAAAGAAACGUAGGGUCGAUGUUGGAGAGUGAAAUUCGGCGCAAAGAAGAACAAAUACGAGGUCAGAACAUGAGAGGCAUCCAUGCAGUAGACUUAGACACAGACAAAGAUCGUUUUAUUUAUUUUGGUCGGCGUCUUUGGUCCGGUUUGAAUCGGAAUACCUUGAGCAAUGAUGAUCCUUCUGAUCGGUUCAUUAAUAGCGAAAGUGGAAAGAACGUGCGACGAGUUGACAUUGGCAACGAUGAUUCAUCGAACCUUCAUUGGAAGCAUAGUGGUAACACUAUUUAUUUGCGAAAUCCGUUUAAUGAUUAUUUUAAGGAAACCCCUCAAGUAGGCUGGCACAAUAACCAAGUUGGCAUUCCGCUGCCAACAACCACGGCUGAUGAUGAACGUUUAUUACACAUCAAUCAUAACAGCCAACAAGCUGCUGUCAACAACCGGAUGUAUUUCAGAGGUGAACAGCCUAAAACGGCUAUUGAUUUGAACGGCCGUUGGGGUCAAUCAGGAGUUAACCAAAUUAACAGUCACAUCUCAAUUCAAGCCGAACAUUUUGGUGGGUAUGAUGCCGCUAAUACCGAACAUCGUGGAUUAGCCCAACGUAUCGAUUUAGGUGUGGAUAUGCCAAUGGACUGGAACAGACAAAUGGCAAUGCAUCGUCAAAGGAAAAACCAUGUAGUUGACAACUCAGUUGUGGACAGUUCUUCACCGCUAAACAUUGGUCACACAAAUGAUUAUGUACAAACAAAUAAUCAGGUUCAAGAUGUUGAUAUCAGCAAUAAAGGUCUAGAGCACGUCGGUAGUCGUGGAUUGAACCAGUGGGAAAAAGAAAACCAGAAACAGGAAUCUAUAUUGGAGGAAAGGCGUAAUGUCGACAGAAAUCAGGAAGAAUGGAAAAAUGUCUAUGCAAGAAUAGGUCGUAGCUGGUUGAACUUCAUCCAUAGUAAUAAAGACGAUGUUAUCAGUAAAGAUAGAAUCGUGGAGGACCCAAGAAUUUGGACAACUGUUGCACGCGGAAUGGGAAAUAUCGGUAUUCACUCUGAACAGGAAGUCAAUGGACAAAAUGAAAUAAACCCAAGCGCCCAACUGAGGAUUGACAUGAAUCGAAGGCGGCUGAACAAUGAUCCUAUUCAUACCACCUCCCAACACGACAGUAAUGUGCACGAUAUUGAAGUUGAAGGAUCUGGUAUGGGGCGAUACCGGUCUCCUCGCAGCCUGCUUGUUGUAAACCGUGACCAUUAUUGGAAUCAAAAGCGUGAUGGAGAGUUGCUUUUGCACAACCUUCAACAGUUAAUGGCACGUAUCAAUUUGGAACAUAUUUCACUGGGUUUUCAGGAUAUACUUCAAAUACAGGAUGACACAAUUCCGGCAGAUAUCUUUACCAAUCAACGACUUUCAAAUUCUCCAGAUCAACGCUUAGCCCUUCGCUUAAACAGGAUACGUCUUAACUCUCGUCGAAGCAGAAUACUACUUAACCGUAUUAGAGAUGUUGAAAGUCGUUUACAAGUGAUAAUUGAAAAAGAAAUACUUCGUGGAGUUGAAAAUGAGCAAAGGAACGAUAUUCGUAAUGCAGUUGGUAUUGAUCAAUUGAUCGGUGACAUCCUAUUGGGCAAGCGAUCGAUCGGUCAAGGUGUGAAUCUUUUGAAUAUCUUGAGUGAAAUUAUACUCCAAACUGAGGACAUUAACGCCAACUUUCAAACACUAAAUCAAAUAAGUAUGGACACUGAAAAUCCAAUUUUACUGCACUUGCUUCGUCGUAUUGUUCAAAUCGCUGAUUUACAACGUCAGCAACAGUUAGGUAGCUACAGUAAAGAAGAGCUUCAAACGAAUGGUGUUAGCAUCAACGACGUGAGUGUUGACAAGUUACGAACAUAUGUGGAUACUGACGAUGUAGACCUCAUUAAUGCCGCAACGUCAGCCAACCAAUUGAGAGGUCUUUCGCAACGUAUGGUUGUCGCACGUCAACAACGUCUCAAUCAUCAAACAUUCACCAUCAACGUUGAUGUUACCGCAAAUCUUAAUAAACGUGUAGUCGUCCGUAUACUUCUUGGGCCGAAGACAGACACUAAUGAACUGGGAACACAAUUAAACCGCCAACGCCAAAACUUUAUUUUAUUGGAUACUUUCAUAGCGGACCUUCACAGCGGACGCAAUGUAAUCACGCGUAAAUCUCACGACAUUACCUGGACUGCACGAGAUACGACCCCAUUUACCGAAAUCUACAAGAGUGUAAUGCAAGCACUCGAAGGUGAUGCGGAUAUUACAUUGGACCAAGUGCAAGGACAGAGUUGUCGCUUUCCACAUCGCUUAUUAUUGCCACGCGGCCGAGUCGAAGGAUUGCCAAUGCAAAUGCUGGUCAUCAUCACACCAGUGACAACUGAUUGGCGGCCUACAGUGCACCAACUAGAUAUGGACCACGACGUUUGCGGUAUGGGCAUGAGCAGCACGAGCUUGGAUCACCUACCACUCGGCUUUCCGUUAGACCGCCCCAUAGAGAGUAUGGAAAAUAUUGGAUCCCUACCUAAUGCACAUUUAAUGGAUGUACAGAUAUUCCAUAGUAAACAGAUAGUUGCUGACGACUUUUACUGAAAUAUAUGAGUCACUAUCAGCGAAUAUUUAUAUCGCUUGUUUACUAUUUAACAAAUCUGUGUAAAAAUUAAUUAUAUGGUUGCCCUUAACCAUUUUCAGUUUUUGAAAUAAGUAAUCACACCUCGCAAUGUUUUUUAUUUGAUAAAUAUAUUAGUUACAAA